GCGGUGCCAGUGUCUUGAACAUGUCGCUGUUGAAGACAAAAGGUAACUGGUCUCUUCCACGAGUUGGGCCACAACAUGCAGCGAGAUGCCUGGACUUUCGAAGGAACCACUGAGGUCACCUGUAAUAUCUUCACCCUCCACGCCAUGCAUACCAUUGUUGGUAUAGACCCCUGGCAUCACCCCUGGUUACGGGGUCAGUGGAAAAACAUUCGUCAGUACCUGAAGAAACCAAGCUACUCUGCUUGGAAAGAGAAUCCAGGAGUAGGUCUUGGUGUCUAUGCUCAACUGGUGCAUCACUUUGGCUGGGAACCAUAUAAAAAGGUGUUCAGAGAGUAUGAGAGAGACGAGAAUCCUCCUUCUGACAACCAAGACAAGAUCGACAGGUGGGUUGUCAGGUUUUCCAAGAUGGUUCAGCAGAAUCUGGUUCCACUUUUUGAGUUCUGGAGUCUGCCUGUUACAGACUCAGCCAAGAAUGAAGUCUCAGAACUUCCCAGGUUUCUUCCUGAAGAUGACAUCACGACCAUGCGCCAGGAUGCUAAAGGGUGUACUGUGUGAAACAAUUAUGGAGGAAAAAUAGUAAUACCUCAGUGUCUACAAAGAGACAGCAAUGCUUCUAGAUGCUCAGAAAAGACAGGGAUAGCAUUUGAUGAUUUCUUUUGGGGGGGAAACCAUUAUCAGAGGACUUUUUAAAGAGUGUUGAAAUUAGAAUUGCACUUUUAAAUCAUUAUAAUAAUUACUUUGUAUUACUUGAUAGAUCAACCUGCUUGUUGAUUAAUUUUCAUAUGA